GAUUUAAUUCAAUUUCAAAACCCUAAAAACAACACAAUGGCUGAUUCACCACACUACCAACUAUCAACCAAGCCAACUCAGGUUCUUAAGGCAGCCACCGCCGUCAUUUCCGGCGGUUCACUCUUGAUCCUCUCCGGUUUGAUUUUGGCCGGUACGGUUAUCUCCCUCACCAUUGCCACACCGCUGUUUGUAUUCAGUCCGGUGCUUGUUCCGGCGGUGAUCACGGUGGCGCUUUUAACGUUGGGGUUUUUUUCUUUCGGUGGAUUCGGUGUGGCGGCGAUGACGGUGUUAGCGUGGAUAUACAAAUAUGUUACCGGUGAACAUCCACCUGGCGCUGAUCAAUUGGAUACCGCGCGUCAUAAGUUGAUGAAUAAAGCGCGUGAGAUUAAGGACUAUGGUCAGCAGCAAAUCAGUGGAACGCAGACUUCUUAAUUAGUCUGCACUUGGAUGCACUAGAUUCUCUCCCUCCUUUUCAACCUUUGUUAUGUGGAUCUUUGUUAAUUAAUUAGUUUUAUUAUUAUUCUCUUUUUAGUUUUCUUGUAAAAUAUCGUUUAAUGUUGGCCACUUCUUGUAUCUUCCAAUUCCAAAAAAAAUCUAGAAGCUGAGAUCUUUGAAUCAACCA